GAUUCACGUGACCUUGACAAUCAUGGUUUAUUGCGUUGUUGCUGCUGCGUCUAAGGCCACGCGGUACAGCUACAAAAAUCCGGUCCUUGAUUGUGGAUACCUUCAGAUUACACCCGAGGAAAAAUACUCUUGGGAGUCGCCUAAUUUUUAUCACUAUCGCACUAUCGAUCCCGAAGAUGUCAGAGAUCCUUCUAUUGGAGUACUGAAAAAGGAAUACUCCAAGAACUACAUCUCAAAGCGGCAGUCAAUGGACUUGAGCGUGCUGUCAGACCGGAUGUCCGUGGACACCGAUUCCAGUGGAUCACUCUCAGAGGACCUAACAUUGACCCACCCUACGGACAACAUCGCAGAAUCAAGCGACUUCGAGCCACGAGCUUUUGAAGAUUCAAAGUUCCCCGAAAUUCAUGAACACGAGCACGAGAAAGUAAUCACCGUGGUGAAGAACGUAGCAGUUCCGUACCCAGUUGAGAAGGAAGUCCACUACCCAGUGAUCAAGAAAGUUCCCUAUCCAGUCCACACUCCAGUGGCCCAGCCGUACCCUGUUGAGAAGGAGGUUCUUUAUCCAGUAAAAGUCGUCAUAAAAAUUCCCACCAAAGUUCCGUACCCCGUUCCGGUCUACAAAGAAGUGCCCUACGCAGUCCAAGUUCCAGUGGAACGGAGAAUUCCCUACAGAACUUAUAUCCCAGAGCCUUACCCAGUUGAGAAAAAGGUUUAUUACGAGAACAAAAUCCCCGUUCCGGAACCUUAUCCAAUCGAAAAAACCAUUCCGGUGCCUAUAAAGAUUCCUAUUGCCGUUCCGCAGCCGAUUCCAGUCGAGAAAACGGUGCCCUAUCCUGUUGAGGUCAAGGUAGACAGGCCUAUUCCCGUUCCUGUUCCCAAACCCUACCCAGUUCCGGUCUAUAAGCACGUUCCUUAUCCGGUCUACAAGCCUAAACCUGUUCCAGUUGAGGUUAAUGUCGAAAGACCAGUUCCUUAUGAGGUUGUUAAGCACGUUCCUUAUCCUGUUGAGGUCAAAGAACCUGAAUUCUACCCAGUUGAAAAGGAAGUUCCCUAUUCGGAGGAAGAACACAAGUCCUAUUCGGUUCCUGCUCCUGAAGAACCGGCUCCUAUUAAAGAAGCUACUGAUGAAGAAGAGAGUCUCUUUGAAAAUAGCUAUAAGGCUGAGGGUUGUUGCCAGGAUAAUUUUAAGCCUAGUGCUGUUGAUAAUUAUGAAACUGAAUACAAAUAUGGCGAAAGGAAUGACAACGAUCAUGAUAAAUUGAUCCAUUCUGAUGAAGUUUUGGAGAAACAGAAGGAAGAUGUUAAGCCUGUUUAUGAAGUUACUAAGGAGCAUCGACAAGAUGGCGGUAGAGACAAAAUGGCUGGCGCAGAUGGCGUUCCAGGCGCCACGGACUCUAAAGAAGUUAUCUCGAAGGAGAAUAAUGAGAAGAUUAAUGAAAUUGAUGGAAAUAAUAAUAAAAAUAGUAAAAAAGUUAAACGGCUUAGGAAAAUAAUUAAGAGAAUCAAAAGUUAUGAUGGCGAAAAUGGAAAAGAGAAAGGAAAUUAG